CGGACGCCCCGCCGCGCCCGCAUUCUGGAGCCUUCCGCGGCUGCCGUUACCGGUCGCGGACGGGGACAAAAGCGGGCGAGCGCGUGCCCCGACCCUAUAUCCCCGCGGGCGAGGCGCGGCAAUUCGGCGUGCGGGUGCCUUGUUUCAUUGCCUGCGUUCGGGUCCAGUCCGAGCGAGCGCGCGCGAGGGUGCUUCGGGCGGCGCCGUGAGAUCCGUGCGCGCGGGCGGGGCCGGCGGAGGAAGCGAUGGUGUCGUUCUUCGCCGCGCUGGUGGCAAUCGCGGUCGUGGCGCUGGUGGCGGUGAUGCGGCGCGCGGCCGCGAGGAAGGAGGACGUGCGGCGGACGGCCUGGAUCGCGGCGGAGCAGGCCGAGUUCGCGGAGCGCGACGCGUUCUACUACUACGAUCACCACGCCGCGCCUCACUGGACGGCGCCGGACGCGACUGGGUGGACGGCGCCGGACGCGACCGAGUGGACGGCGCCGCCGGUGGCCUGGCCACCGGUCGGGCAGGUGGCGGCACCGCCGGUGGCCUGGCCGCCGGUCGAUCAGAUGGCGGCACCGCCGGUGGCCUGGCCGGCGGUCGAGCAGGUGGCGGCAACGCCGGUGGCCUGGCCGCCGGUCGAACAGAUGGCGGCAACGCCGGUGGCCUGGCCGGCGGUCGAGGAGGUGGCGGCAACGCCGGUGGCCUGGCCGGCGGUCGAGAAGGUGGCGGCAACGCCGGUGGCCUGGCCGGCGGUCGAGAAGGUGGCGGCGCUGCCGGUGGCCUGGCCUCCGGCCGUGAAGGUGGCGGCGCCGCAGGUGGCCUGGCAGCCGGUCGAGCAGGUGGCGGCGACGCAAGUGGCUUGGCCGCUGGUCGAUCAGGUGGCGGCGCCGGAGGUGUCCUGGCCGCGGGACGUACAUGUGGCCUCGCCGAGGCUCGAACAGGAGGCGACGACGGAGCCUACGCUAGCGGCAGCGGCGGGGAAGAAGGGACCGUGUGCGGUGUGCCGGACGCCGACCACGUUCAGGUGCAAGCGCUGCAAGAGCGUCAAGUAUUGCGCCGUCAAAUGUCAGAUAGCUCACUGGAGACAAGGCCACAAAGAUGAAUGCCAUCCAGUAAGUGCUGAUGCUAGAGAAGACACCACAAUAAAAGUUUCUUCCACGAAGAAAAUUGGACGCACUAGCUCAGAUGAAGAAAGUGUGGUGACUGGAGUCGAGCAAGCAGCUGAGAGCAAGGAGAUGCCCCGUGAGAAGGCGUCCAAUACGUCAGAGGCUUCGCAACAAGAUAGCAAAGAGUUCACAUUUCCUCAGGUUACAGGACAUGCUGAAUCUGCUGACUGUUCGAGUUCUCCAACUUUUGGUAAACCGUGCAAAGUCGAGGGCGCUUCUGUUAGUGAAAAUGGCUCUCACACUCAGAUUCCGGCGGCGUGUGAUCCAUCUGAAAAGGCUGAGAUCAGAGUUGUGGUGCCAGAUGAUCUGCCAACGACGAAAAGUUUGGUCAGACAACAAACUGCUCCAACAGUUGUGAGGCAUCACCCAUCGGAAUCGGCACUUUUUCCGUAUGAACGCUUCGUCAAGCUCUACAACUUUGACAAGGUGGAAUUGCGUCCUUUUGGUCUUUGUAACCUUGGGAACAGUUGCUAUGCAAAUGUCGUACUUCAGUGUUUGGCCUUUACUCGACCACUUACAGCAUACUUUCUCGAGGGGCUUCAUUCAAAACACUGUUCCCAAAAGGAAUGGUGCUUCUUGUGCGAGUUUCAAAAACUCAUUGUAGAGGGUAAGCGAGGACAUUCCCAAUUAUCACCUACUGGGAUACUCUCACACUUGUCUGACAUCGGAAGUAGCUUUGGCCCGGGCAAAGAGGAAGACGCUCAUGAGUUUCUCAGGUACGCAAUUGAUACUAUGCAAUCUGCUAGCAUGAAGGAAGCCAAUGCAAAUGGUGCCCAUAAGUUAGCUGAAGAAACGACACUGAUUCAGCUAAUGUUCGGGGGCUAUCUACGAUCUAAGAUAAAAUGCACAAAGUGUGGGGUCAGUUCAGAACAUUGCGAACGUAUUCUGGAUCUUACUGUGGAAAUAGAUGGGGAUAUCAGUACUCUUGAAGAAGCACUUCAUCGAUUUACAUCUUCAGAAGUCUUAGAUGGUGAUAAUAGAUACCAUUGUACCAGAUGCAAGUCAUAUGAACGUGGCAAAAAGAAGUUGACAAUAUCAGAAGCACCAAAUAUCCUGACUAUUGCACUGAAAAGAUAUCAGUCUGGUAUGUUUGGCAAGAUUAACAAGGCCAUCAGGUUCCCGGAAUACUUGAAUUUGUCUAGCUACAUGAGUACAACAGAUGAUUGUUCCCCUGUGUACAGGCUAUAUGCGGUGGUUGUCCAUCGUGAUGUUAUGAAUUCAUCCGUUUCUGGUCAUUAUGUAUGUUAUGUCAAGGACUCACAGGGGAAAUGGUACGAAAUGGAUGAUAGCCAGGUGAAACCUGUUUCUCUGAAAAACGUCCGGUCGGAGUGUGCGUAUAUGCUGCUUUAUGCAAGGUGUUCCCCACGGGCUCCAAGGUCUUUAAGGAAAUUGAUUAUUGCUCAAGGCCUAUCACACACAAGAAAAGCUAGGCAGACAGCAGGUCCAGAAUCAACUUGUUUGGAAGGCCGUAGUUAUUCUAGCAGGCACCAAGGUACGCAAUCGCAGUCAUGCAGGGAUCAUGUAAUGAAUUCUUCGCUGGUUACAUCUGAUGGCUCAUCAAAUCCAGUAUUAGAGCCCACAAGUACAAGCGAGGAUUCUUCGCUGUUCAGCAGUUCUGAUGUAGGGUCAAGCGGCAAUUUAAGCAGCGAUAACACUGACAGCACAAAGAACCCAGGAAGCUCGGACCAAAUGCACCCAGUAAGCACAGUGGUGAUGCCCGAGGAGCAUUCGCGGCAGAUGUCCAGCUUGAACCCUAGCUCUUCAACCCAGUAUGCUGAUCAAGCUAAGGUUGACAGGCUGCACCAGCUCAAGCAUCAGGCAAGCAAAGGGGUUUGGGAUGAGGGUUGUGAGACCCCAUCCUUCUUCUAUGUUGACCAAGGUGGCCUGUAUGGAUGUCAGGACCCAGGAUACAGUGCCCAUCCCAUUUAGCCCAGAAGACAUGAGUGCAGAUCUAACGUCUUGGGGUGAGAAGGUCACCGACGAACCAUCAAGAGCUUCAAACAGGAGUUCUGUGAACUUCAUUCAAGGACAACUCCAUUUCGAAAGAUCAAGCUUCUUCCAUAACAGGACAUCUCCAUUUCUGAUUGGUACUCCUCCACCCAAGUUUUUCGCUAGGUGGAGUAACCUGGAACUAUAUAUACAAGUUUUUGUUGUUGUUGUUGUUGUGAGAGAUGAGAGAAACCUAACAAUAGUCUGGGGGUGUAAACUUGGCACCUAGCUGCACCUGGUAUAAUGUUAACAAGAACUUGACAAUAAUGCGCCAUGAAAGACCGGCCUGUUGAGGUCAA